ACCGGGGAAGCCGCGCCGAGGGGCAGGGGCCGCCGACAGCAAAGGGGGUAGUGAGUGGCGGGGCUGGGCCCGGCCCCUCAUGGUUGGCGGUGAGGCUGCUCGGGCUUCCCGGCGCUUGCUAGGCCUCUUAAAGGGACUGCGUCCCAUUUCUCCGGUAGUGGACCACGUGCUCCCGGCGCGGACCCCCCCCCUCGCAGGAGCUCCCGAAGACGGGUCAGAGGGGGCACAAUAUGGGGCUGAGGUGCGCCCUCCCCUGUGUGCCACACCCGAAAGAGGGGCUCCAAAGGGCGGGGAGAGCCUGGGCUGGUUUGCGCAAAUGUGGGUCGGAGGGGCUCCCACACCCCACCACGCCUGUCUCUCUCUGUGGUGUGAACAGGCCGCCCCCUUCCUGCGGCUCUCUACCUCGGCGGACGCCCCCCGCCCUCACCCCAGAGCAGGAAAUAGACAGGCGAUUGGAAAAGAAGCUAAAAAUCACCCAAAAGGAAAGGAAAUCCAAGUCGCCCCCCAAAGUGCCGAUUGUGAUUCAGGACGACAGCCUUCCCUCAGGGCCCCCUCCGCAGAUCCGGAUCUUAAAGCGGCCCACGAGCAACGGGGUGCUUAGCAACCCAAACGCAGCCAGCCGGCCAGCUUUCCCAGUGAAGACUCUGGCCCAGAGGGAGGCUGAAUACGCGGAAGCUAGGAAGCGAAUUCUGGGCAGCGCCAGCCCAGAGGAGGAGCAAGAGAAACCGAUCCUUGACAGGCCCACAAGGAUCUCUCAGCCGGAAGAGGCCAGGCAGCCCAGCAACGUGAUCAGGCAGCCACUGGGCCCAGACGGUUCACAGGGUUUCAAGCAACGCAGAUAGGCAUGGCUGGCUGACUUCACGACAUGAAAGCAGCCUCUUCUCCCAGCCUGGGUUGCCCUGUGGCAGACAAACAGACCUGAGCAAGGGAAAGCUCCUUGGGUGACUUGCACUGUGAUCUCCCCUCCUCCCCCCCCCUUUGCUCUGCCUUUCAUGCCCUUCCAUCCCACGCACUGUGACUGGGAUUGGCAUACCAUGGAGGAGGGGGGCGGGGGGCAGGGCAGGCGUCUCUCUCCUACAAUGCGCUAGGCUGCACGUGUGGCCACACCUGCCAAAGCCAGCACCACCACCAGCAAUAAUAAUAAUAAUAUUAAUGUCUGCAGACGGGUUCACCCGGGGUUGGAAGCGCAAGUCAGGAUUCUGCUUCUGGAAAUGUGCAUGUUUCUCUGUCUUGCUUCAGAGCAAGGAGCGGGCAGGGAUGGGUAGGCGGGAUGUGUGCACAGAUUUGUGUUUGCUUGCUUUCUGGGAAUUGGAUGAUGGCGUCAAAGUCAAGUGCAUGGGGAGGAGGAGGAGGAAGGGCGUGUGUUAGCUGUUUAACAUGUUUAUCUCAGAAGCGGUAGUUGGUAGUGUUUGAAAAGAAGUGAAUUUUGAAGAGCUUGCACAAAAGUUGUUGGAUAGAAGAUUUGGCACGCGAGGCUUCUCUCGUCCACUGCUGCUGAGCGGGUGGAAUGGGUUCUCGGCUUGCUGUUCCGGGCACCAGUGCUUCUGCACCUGCGUGGUGAGCUUUGGUGAGUCCUCUUGCUUGGGGUAAAAUGGCUUGACGUGCACUCCUGGCCUCGAGGGAGGGGGGCCAUUGGCCAGUGCCUGCCUUGCCUGCUUGUGCUGCUUCCUGGCAGAGGGAGGGAGCUUUUUGCCACUAGGACUAUGAGCUAGACCUUAGACUAGUUUAGUUCCAGACUGGUGAGGCCACAAAGAGGGAUAGAGGGAGCCCUGUGGCCAAACAAUGCUUGUGCUGGCCGGAUUCGUAAGCCAGGGCAGGCGAGCUGUGAGCCUUUGGCCAAGAGCUUGGCCUUGUCACUCCAGAUGUGCUUCCAGUUUUGCCUCUGGGAAAUUUGCCCCUAGAAGGCAAAGGAACUGGGCCCCAACAAUGCCUGUCAUGGGGGGGCGGAUAAGGGAUGGUCUCCUUACCUUGGAAAGCAGGAGGGUGCCAGGAUAAGCUGCAUGUCUAACUGGAUGCAGAAACGUGUUUUCAGGUGGCACCAAGUGAGAGCUCAGAUGGACAAGGGGCCGCUUUUGCAUUUUCUGCAUUUUCCUUGAGCCACGAGGAGAGUGUGGUUGGGCCAAAUCCACUGGAGGCGCUGGCAAUGUCAGUAGGGUUCCUGCAUGCUGGCAAGGGUCCGUUGUGUUGUAGAUGCUCCUGAGAGUCGAACCGGCUGGGCCUUUCCCAUCCUCUCUCGCAGCCAUAUUGGGGGUGAGGGCCUUAGGCCCCGUCCCACCUUCAAGUGACCAUGGGCCAGCUUGCUUCACUGUGUUUCCAGAGUCUGCCUUUUUGUUCUACUCCCUGCUUUUGGAGGACGUCAGAGGGGUGGGACGCUGCUUUGGCUUCUUUGGGUCAAGUGUUGGGCACACAGAACCUACCGCACCUCCUCUUGUGCUGGAACGGAAGUGGAACAUCCGGGGGGGAGGGGGGUGUCUCUUUGUACAUCAACCCAUGAAAUGUAUAAAAAUACUGCAAAAUAAAUAACUGGUCAAAAGAGUAAUAAUAAAUAAAUAAACAAACAAACAAACGACCUGUGUAUAAAAAGUGAAAAACAUGCCAGACAGUUGCUGUGCUGAAUUUGCUCCCUUCCAGCCGGCCUUGUUCUGUCAGCAGUGCCCUCUGGCCCAAAGGAGGGUUGCUUGGCAUCACUCCCUGUUUUGAUUGAAGAUGUUAGCUGCUGACAGCAAGAUUACCUCCUUUUCCUCCUCCUCUCAAGCACUGGGAAAGCUGGACACCUUUUCUACAGGACCUGCCACUGGGAUUGCUUUUGCAACAUGCCUCUUGCUUUUUGUUUCAGGACCCAGCAAGGGAGGUGAUUUGGGUGGGAGAGAAAAAUUCAUCUCUUCCCCCCUACCCCACCAAUUUGGAAGCAAGUGGGGUAAGAAGUCUGUGCACAAUAAGUGGGUGGAGUCACCCUUUCCCUUCCCACUGCUUUAGGUUGCAGCCUGGCUGGGAAAAUGUUUUCUCCUGCUGUUGUUGCUGCUGCAUCAGACUCCUCUGUUCUGCCUGCCUCCUUUCCUCUCCUUAUAUGCAGUCUCUUCUCCCCCCUACCCAUCUCAUGAGCUGUACUGAACUCCUUGCUGGUUGCUCCCAGGAGAAACGUCCAGGCCCCACCCACACGAAAGGUGCUAGGAAAGGCCGCUACUGUGCCCUCCCUGCUAGCUUUGUCAUUGCCAAAGGGCGAGGGGGAUGCAGCCAUCCUAUGGGCAAAGAGGUGGUACCCUUUUCAUUGUCUGCCAUUGGAUUUUUUUUUUUGGCAUGGACAAGGGGUCCGUUGUCUUGUCCAGGAAUCAGGGCUGGCAUAAGUUUAAGGGCCAUGUGUGUAUGUGCGUUAGGGUCACUUUUUAUGAGGCGUGCAGGUGUUUCCAAGUGCCAAGCAAAGAGGCUGCACCUGCCCACAACAGUCCUACAUAUUCAGAUAAACAUUUUAUAAAUUGUACUUUAAAUAAAUGCGUUAACUUUUAA